AUUCCGCAGUGGAAGAGAGGCUGUCAUGCUUGUGUUUUCCUUUGGUUUUUUGUUAUUGUUUCGGGUUAGUGGAGCAACUGAGCCCGAGGAGGAAAGCACGACCGUAUCGCUCGUGUUUUAGUUGUUUUCUCGCGGACCGUGACUCCAGUAUCAGACAGAGAGACAUCUCGAAUAGACUGUGUGCAAAGAAGUGAGGGAAAUAAAGGUGCAAAACAGCCUGCCUUUCUGUUGUGUUGCCAUGGAGAAGGCUUGGCUGGUGGAGUUCAGAAACGUGGGCUGCAGUUACUUCCCUCAGAGCAGAGUCGAUUGCCACUACACACUGAGCUCACAGCACAACUGGGCCAGCAAUGACUGGAUAGGGCUCUUCAAGGUGGAAUGGUCAUCAGUGAAGGACUACCACACGUUUGUUUGGGCACUGGCCCCAGCUGACUAUCAGGAGGGCACCGAUGUCAACUGCUGCGUGCACUUCCAGGCUUCCUACCUACCCAAGCCCAGCUCCCAAGAGUAUGAGUUUGUAUAUAUUGAUGCGAAGGGGGAAGUUUGCUCCCGUAGCUCCAAAUUCACUUUCUGCGCUCCAAAGCCACUUGAGGAUUUGGUGACCCUGGAGGAGGCGUCCCAAGGAGAGGGAGAAGGCACAGACAUGUUGCUGGUGGUGCCCAGGGCUGAGCUGCUGCAGAGUCGGCUGGAGGAAUGCCUGCGAGAGCGCGCUGAGCUGCUGCAGGUGCAGGAGGCAGCAAACAGGCAGAGGGUGAAAGAGAAGGUGGAGUACAGGAGGGCAAGGGAGGCCUGUGACAGACGAUGCAGAGAGCUAGAAAGCGACAUUGCCGGGCUGCAGGAGGAGCUGAAGCAGAGUCAAGAGAAAAUGGAGGAGAUGGAAAGGAAGCAGAAGGAGGUGCAGGCUUUAGGAGAAUCACUAGCCCAGGAGAAAAGCACUUUAUUGGAUGCGAGGGAGGAGAGCGAAGCGCGAAUCAAAGAGCUGGAGGAGGAUAUCAAAAUCCUGACACAGAGAACUGUCGAAAGAGAGACAGAGUUGGAAAGGAUGAAGGAAAGAGCAAAGAGGGCUGGAGCUCAGAGGAAAGAAGAGGAGAGUGAAAGAAAGAGCAUACAGAGCAAGCUGGAACAGUCAGAGGGUGAACUCCGAAGUCUGUCUAAGGAGUUCCAGGGCCUGAGGAACUCACUGGCCCAGAGAGACACAAGUGUCCUGCAGCUCCAGAGCACCAUCACUACCCUCACCCAGAAACUCACCACUGCCCACAGGAAAGAGGCGGAGAGCGAGGCAACGCUGAAGGAGAUGCGGAGCCUGCGAGAGCGUCUGAACGCGAGUGAGCGUGCUGCAGAGGGCUUGAAAAGUGAUCUGAGUGCCACGAUAGCGCAGAGGGAUCAUGGACAGGCCGAACUGCACCAGGCUCGUCUGCAGGCAGCCCAGUUGACUCUUCAGCUUGCAGAUUCCAGUCUGGCCCUGAGGGAAGGAAGAGCUCGCUGGACUCAGGAGAGGCAGAGUCUGCAGCGCGCUGCCGAGAAGGACCAUGAGCGUCUGGAGAAACUCAGCACAGAGAUGCAGAGGAUGGAGGACAGGCUGCAGGAGGAGAGGAUGGAAAGAGUGAAGCUGGAGGUUGAGCUUGGGAGAGAAAAGGAUUGCAACCGGGUUCAGCUGUGUGAAACGCGCAGGGAGCUCCAGGAGCUGAAGGCCAGCCUGAGGGUCGCCCAGAAGGAGAAGGAGCAGCUGCUUGCAGAGAAACAGGAGUUGAUGGAGUACAUCUGUCAGCUGGAGCAGAAGAUGGGAACAGUGGCCAGUGCCAAGUGGAGCGCUGCCCCGAUUGCCUCCACAGGGCGGCCUGGCAGUGCAUUAUCUGACUCCGAGGACGAGAACCCAGAGGCUCUGCAGCCCCUCCGUCCACCAAGACCUCUGGGACACUACAGCCUGUGUGAGCAGGGCGAGCCUGACUCCCUGCUUCUCGCCACCCCUCCUUCCUCCCCCAGGGAGGCAGAGAGGAGCGCCGUGGUCAUCAACCAGCCAGCCCCGCUCUCCUCACCACACCAGGCCGGAUCCGACACUCUGGCACACAGCUCGGAUUCGGAGGAGGAGGAAUCUAAUCCGCUUCCAUGUGCAAGGCACAGCUCUGGAGAGGAAACAGCACUUCUGCUUCCUGAGCACACGGACACUGUUCUCAGUGAUCUGGCUGACACCUCGCUAUGGUAACCGAUGGACAUCCAGUUGUGGCGAGCGAUCAAAAAGGAGAGGAGAAGAGGGGGGGGGGACUUUUCUCGGAGUUAAUGCCGUUUCUUCCACUAACAAGCACAUAUACAGCUCACACACUACACAGACAAAAUGUUAAUAUGCAAUUUACAUCGUAUCUGCCGUGAUCCUUGGUUUUUUCCCUCCUAGACUGUUGUGUUAUUUCCCUAGCUGUUUUCUUUUUUGUUGUUGUUGUUGUUGUUGUUGUUAGGAAUGACAUAAUGCUUGUGGUGGCAGGUCAACACCGUGUCUAUGAGUGACAUAAGACUGUUGCACAGUUUUAGGCAUGGGCGUCUGAGAGUAGCAGAAUGAUUUCUGUCGAAUCACAGUGAUGUCGAGAGCUUUACGACGGAUGUUAUGUCGUUUUUAUGACAUUUGUGAUUAGGAGUCAUGACAGGCACCGUAAUUAUGAUGUUUUGUGCAGGCCCGGCUCCGCUGGAAAUCAUGGCAAAACUCUCGCCCCGGCAUUAAAUUCUCCACAGCAGCUUUUUCGAAACACUAUUCAUGACAUGGCAUAAAGUAAUGAUACAGCGUCACGCUAGAAAUUAUAUUGCAGCAAUGUAGGUCUAUGACAUCAUAUUUCUCCUCCAUUUACUCAGAGCUAAGGUUUGAUAUGCACUUUCUUGUUCGCAUUAGCAGUGGAUUGGUGUCACGCAGAUGCAGUUGAAGAGAUUUAGUGACACUUUAAGGCGGACGAGCGUUCGGAAUAGAAAGCUUAUUGAGCAGAUUGUGUUUAAAGUCUAUUAAGAUAGGUGCCAGAUGCAACUUUCUACUUCAGUAACUUCAUAUCAUCAUUAUUAUGAAAUUAAUGCUCAUAAGCUUUUCACUGUAGAUCAGCUGCAGUUUUUACUCGCUAGAAUUUACGUUUCAUGGUUAUUAAAAUGAGACGCUAAUUUACUAGCUCGCGAUUUGAAUAUUCACUGUUGCUCUUUGUUACAGUUUGUAUUGUACAGACAUUUUAUCUCACACCCGUGCAGUUCUAAAUUUGUGCCUAAAAUAAUGAAAAAAGAGAGUCAAAGAAAAUCAUCUUUAUAGAUCCUGACAUCAUGACAUGGUGUUGGUAUUUUCCCCUUAGCCCUAUGGCAAUAUACUGCCUAGUAAAAAAUUGCUGCCUACCUUUUAAUCAAUACUGUAUGCAUUUUUCAUGAUUUUUCUAUUUAUAAUUAACUUGAGUUAUGCUGCAAUGAAACUAUAUUCAGGUUUAGUUUGAACUAGGCGUUUUCUCACACAACUCUUUGUGCAAUGUGUGGCAAAGUUUUUUCCAUGCUUGGCUUCAGAGGAUUUGCUAGGACACUUUGACGCUUGAUUUUAUCUGCUGUAUUUGCACCCUAUUUUUACUAGAGAAGAGUUUUUAGACGAAAAAGUUGAUAUAUGGAUACUUAACGAUGUGUGUCCUUUCACCGUUAUCCUAAUCAUUACCAGUGUGUGUUGUGUUUACUCAUAUUUUAUCUACACUUUGUGUUUUUAUCAUCUGUUUCCAAAUGCUUGCUUUGAUAUCAGCAAGAUAUUGGUGCUAAUGAACGGGAAUGAUACCAGUGUGUGAAGGAAAGUAAUGAAUCAUGUGAAAGGAGUAAAUGUCUGUCCAACCUCUCAUUUAUCUUGUGUCACUGGGUAUUCUGGUUUUGCAGCACGUGUACCUUAUAUAGAAGUAGGGAUGUUUUGAGGAGCCUGGUAUUUUUUCCCCAGAAGGUAGCACACUACAUGUACCCUCCAUAGUCCUUGUUUGUGGUUGUAAUCUGCCUUUAUGUCUUAGGGAAGUUAUUUUUUUGUUGUCCCACUGAGAGCUCCGGUGCGAGUACUCCUCGUCAGGACGCCGUCUCCCAUUGCAAUAAAGCUCCAGUGGUUAUGGUUUGUUUUGAAGUUUUGUGUGUGAAGGUUAUGUACACCACCAUGUAUUUUCUUAUCAGUCAUGUAACAGGGUUUGGGUGGGGUUCUGCCUAAUAAAAAGGUUUAUGUAUCCAUUA